CAACUAGGGAAAAUUUUAGUAAAUAAAAUACUGAAAGCGCGCACUUAUGGUUCAAAGCAAAGCCCUAACAUGUGGGCAAAUUAAACUCAAACUUUAAAAUCUCAAUCUGAUCUCAAAAUAAUCUCCAGUCUGUACUCAUAAUCAUAAAUGUAAUUAACUAAUAAACUCUGAAAUUGUUGCUACUGAAAACCUUGACUAAGCAUCCUCCGUGAUGCUUAUAAUACUCUCUUCUAGCUGGCUGCCCUCGACUCGCUGCUCACUAAAUGCUCCUCUAACUCUUCCUCUAGCUCUUCAAACUGGUGAGUGAGAUGGGGUCAGUCUACGCCCUUACGUUUUAAUAAUUCUCAUACUUGAAUACUUUACUUUAAACACUUAACUUUGACUAAAGGAAGUUGUUUGUACUUCCAAUCUUAAAAUCUUAACUCUUAAACUUUGAGGGAGUUGAAGUGACUCUCCUCUCUUAAAACUCAAAUCUCGACUUAAAUACUUGACUGACACGGGGAUCCCUCACUAGCUAGUCCGGUUGCCAACUCAUACGUAUGAGAAGCCAUCAAGGCUUUCCUUAAACUUAAACUUAGUUAGGGAAGUCGUAACGAUUCAUCCCCCUAACAUCUUAAACUUAUCGUGGUGGCUCUUCACCACGAUUCUCAAGGGCAUAACUGCUGCCCAUCUUAAAAUCUCAAGAGCAUAACUGCUGCUCUAUCUCAAACUGUCUCAAAAGCAACGGACUGGCGCUAGUGACUAAAAACACUUAAAACGACUUCACCUUCUUGAAGGUGAGUUACUUCUUUAAAAGAACUUGUUUCUUACUCUUUAAUAAUAACUUAUACUCGUAAAAAUUUCAAGGUAAUUAAUAACCAUUCACUUCAAGCAUAGCUCAAACAAAUUCACUUCGUUAUCACGAUUCCAUAUACGCUGACGAUUCCUCGCUCGGACGUCAAUUGAUCGAGUUAUGACCAAAAUAGACAUUCUGUCAGUUUAAAAGUACUAGGUACCAAAACUAAAAUUUCCGAGUCAAAACAGUUGACCACGACCUCUCUGAAAAAAAUUACACAUUUAAUCCUCUAACUUCUUGAAUUGCCAAGACUAAUACCUGAACUGUCUGAUUUGCGUCCCAAGCUUUCGACGCUCGUAUCUCCCUCGUCCAAUGUCGAAACUCAAUUCUGUCCAUACUGUGAUGCUCCUGGGAUCGUCCUCUUCGCGAUGAGAACCACCACUCAAAGAAUAUUGGAAAUCGCCUACGCCGGGAUCGUUGUCGGGACUGCUUGAGCUGAGGAAUUCGAUGUACUCGGUCUAAAAUCCCAUGAACUGCAAGCUCUCUUGUUCGCUGGCACUUCAUCGAUCACUUCUGAUCGCUUUUGCCCGUUGCAGAUGUUUCUUUGCUUUUCUUACCGUCUGCAUCACAGCUUUGGUGGAGGCGUGGAAACCUUACUUCUCUUUGCAUAUUCAUGUGCGAUGCUUAUCGCGCUCUUGCUAUGGCGCAGUGAGAACUCAGCCAGCAGUAUCUUACUUUCUUCUGCUGUUAAAUCCCCAUGCCGCCCCAGACGAGAAUGCCACCAGCAUGGUGCAUGAGAAUGCCACCAGCAACUGAUACAUUGAAAGAGUCGACCAUGCCAUUCAUUGGUAUACUGCAAUGCAGAUUUGAAAGUCCAAGUGCCUGGUCACUUAUCCCCCUAUGUUCGUUUUCCUCCUACAGCCCGGAUCUAGAGAUCCAUCUAAGGGAGAGCAGAUCAAUCACCGGCCAACAUCCACACCCUUCUCGUAUCCGUCGGUGGUGGAUGAAUGGCGCUCUCAUGGACGGAGGAAGAGCCAACUUACAGAUGCCAACUGAUUUGGGACGAGGGUUAAUGGGGAAAAGAAUGGAGAGGGCGGCGGUCUCUGGCAAUUCCUCUUGACCGAGGGUUUUGGGAAUUUAAGUGGAAGUGGCCGCCCGGCCCCCGGUCCGGGUUAUAAUAAUUUUUUUUUUACAAUAAUAAUAAUAAUAAUUAUUAUUAUUAUUAUUAUUACGACUAAUCCGCGAUUGCAAUUUUUAGUACGCAACUGUCAACCCAACCGAUCACGUAUUAUGGUCGAGCCAUAACCCAAAAUUCGGGGUGUUACAAGGAUAACCUUUCAUAUGGAUAAAAGUAACCUUACGUA